AUGGAAGAAAGAAGAAGAGCAACCAUUAUAGAUGUGUUAAAGAGUAAAGUCAUCACAACACAAAUAUUCAAGAGAGAUGAAGAUUAUUAUUUAUCAAUUGAAAGGUUAAAGAUUGAACACGACCGUGACAGAGUGAACAACCUAGAUGCACAAGAAAUCUUAAAGAGGACGAUACGAUAUAAAGGAAAAGAGAUUAAUAAUAGUGUAGAUGUACAAGAAAACUAUGACAUGAUUGCAAAGUUUGCAAUGCCAUACGACUAUAUCAAGCAUUAUCUACCGAGUACAAUGUAUCCUAUCAAAGAUUGGUAUGAUGAUGUGAAUGAACAUUUUCAAGUGUAUCAUAGAACAUUGGCAAUUGAUAGAUACGUACAACACCCAAAUGCAACAUUGGAUACAUUAAAGAAACUAAUCGAUUGGCAUCCAAGUUUUAAACCAUCAAAUGUAUCGGUUGAAAAGGCUGCUUUACACGGUCACAUUGAAAUCAUUCGAUACCUCGACCAGUUGUACAAUCGUAGAAAGUACGAUAUGCUUUCAUCAUACUACACAGAGGUAGCAUUGGAAAACGCAUCUCAAAGUGGUUGUUUAGAGUUGGUCGAGCGUAUCCUUCAAUCACACAAUUUCUACCUUUCAAAACAAUCAAGAAUUAAAGCUAUUAAUAAUGCAGCUCAAAAGGGGCAUUUUAAUAUUGUCAGGUGGCUGUUUCCCCAUGAUGACCGGGUGCAAAAGGAAUGGAAGGUUGAAACAAUAGAUUUGGCAUGCCACAGUUGCAACGUUGAAUUGAUUCAAUGGUUAUAUCAACACGGAUGCAGACCUUCAGCCGAUGCAAUGGAUAUAUUAUCUUCAAGGGGUUGUAUGGAAGGUAUUCAAUACUUGCACUUUGAAUGCUGCCAAGCAAAAUGCACAACAUAUGCAAUGGAUUGGGCAGCAUAUUCUGGGUAUUUAUCAAUUGUUCAAUUCCUCGAUCAACAUCGUACUGAAGGUGCAACUACAAGAGCUAUGGAUUAUGCUGCACGAAAUGGGCAUUUCGAGACUGUAAAGUGGCUACAUUUCAAUAGAACCGAAGGGUGUAGUGUGAAUGCCAUGGAUGGGGCGGCGGAAAGAGGCCACGAGGAUAUUUUCAAAUUCCUUCACACCCACCGAACCGAAGGGUGUAGUGUGAAUGCCAUGGAUGGGGCGGCGGAAAGAGGCCACGAGGAUAUUUUCAAGUUCCUUCACACCCACCGAACCGAAGGUUGUACCAAACGAGCCAUGUACAAAGCAUCAGAAAAUGGUCAUAUUCAAAUCGUUCAAUUCAUUCAUCUCAAUCGAACAGAAUGGUAUGAUAUUGAUAUAGCAAUGAAACAAGCAGCUACUGGAAACCAACUCGAUAUACUCAAGUUCCUUCAUAUCAUUAGAAAUAGUAAUGAAUAUAGUCAUAUAAUGGAUAGUGCUGUCUAUUCAAACAAUAUUGAUAUGUUGGAGUGGUUACACGAAAAUUACAGAGGUCAUGCAUACGACCCUCAGAAAAUGGCAACUCGAGUGGGCAACUUGUGUGUUUUACAAUGGUUUCUGGGCAAAUACGGAUUGCUUGAAGAAUACCAAGUGAAAUCAUGCCUCAAGGCAGCUGCUUGUUUCGGUCAUAUGGCAAUCAUCAAUUGGCUCGUUGAAACACAUCCACACAUCAAGUUGGAACCUAUUAUUGAAAGAAUAUUCGUUAAAUGUGUAGAUAGAGCUGCAGCCGAGGGAAAUGUAGAUGUUAUUAGAUGGUUUUAUAAAAAUGCAACUAGUGAAAGAACUCAGGUAUUGGCAAAAGAGGUACUGGGUAACUUGUUAACAAAGACAAUGAAAUAUGGUCGCCUACAAGUAUUAAGGUGGUUAAUCAACACUGACCGUCUUCAAGAUGCCAUGGACCAGAAAAAAGAUAAUAACAACAACAACAAUAUCAUCAACGAUGUGUUUGGAAAUACCAACACCAACGAUCUCCUUCCUAUUCUCGAUUCAAACUAUUUGCGUGACCACCCAGAAAUAUAUGCUCUGUUUAUGCUUGCUCUUGAAAGAAUAGGUAUACACGGAUUUAAAAAGAGUCCAUAUACAUUUGCUCUUCUAAAGAUGGGCCAACCUACACACGACUAUAGUUUCUUGCCAGAUAUUAUGUUAUAUGGACCUAGAGAUUCCUUUCGCCGUCGGCUGUGGUUAUGUUUUGGAACAUCAUCAAACCGGGUCAUAGCCAUACUUGUCAUACCUGCAAUUGUUUCAUUGCUUCAAAUACUCUAUGGGUGUAUUGUUGGUCCUGUAGAUCAAUCAAUAUCCUAUCAUCACAUUUUCAUCUUUAUUGUUAGCUUCUUUUUCUUUGCAGUCAUCGAAAACAAUAAGACUAGCAAUCCCCUAGAAGCCUUAUUUAAAUAA